CGUAGGUUACAAAAAGGUGCGGGUUUCUAGGGAGACAGACAGAGGGGAAUGGUCUUUUGAGGAAGAUGUGAAAGACGAGACCUUCUCAGGAAAGAAUGAGAGAGAAGAGAGAUGAAAGUAUGAUGAAAGAUCUCUCUGGGUUGUAUGAUGGAAGGACUGGGAAAGGAGAGAUCCAUAUGCAGCUCUAGUCCCUUCCCAUGGCUCAUUCACCCCAAAACAGAGGCUUCAACCCUGCUAUGGAAACUCAAAGACUGCUUCUCCACCACUGAGACAACCGCCCCUCAUCACACAGAUAAAGAAAGCAAUUACAUGGAGAGCAGAAAGGCCAUUCUGGAAUUGAAAGAUGUCCCUCCUCCUCCUCCCCCUCCACACCAUAUUUCCUCCUCCCAAUCAUCCCAGCACUUCUCUCUGGCCCCUCUCCCUUUGCCUCAUCCCUGCUUGCCCCCUCCUCAGCUUACACAAGGUUCCCAUCAACAGCAUCCACAACAGCAGCAACAUGAGGGGGCUAGCCCCAAAGUAAGCAUUUGCACUCACUGUGACUAUUGCAGCACAGAUGGCUAUGGGUUAUUAGGUGGCGAAGGUGUUGUUGGUGGCAGUAGCAGCAUUGCUGGUGUGGUCUCUCUCUAUAUUGCCCCGGGCUCUCUGGGAGCACCCAUCAGCAGCAGCAGCAGCAGCAGUAUUGGCAGGUCUGGGUCUUGCUCUGUAGCCUCAUCUGUUCAUCAGUAUAAAAAUAACCUGAGCUGUGCAAGUGGAGGUGAAGCUUUUGAUCCAUUGCUCAGUCUUAGUUACAAAUCUCAGCUGGCCUCUUCUGUCGCUACCUCUCAGCCUGUUUCAUCACAUCCCUACCUCCCCUGCUGCUCAGGGCUUCUUCACACCUGCCCAUCUGCACCUCUUCCAUGCAGUCAACCCAGGCUGUUUCCCUCUCCAGCCCCUUUGGCUUCCUCUCUCCCCUCUGUUUCUUCUCUACCUGCACCAUUGCAUGGCUCUUGCCUGGCUUCUUCUGGCUACUACACCUGUGGUGUGGACUGCAGCCCAGCCAGAAGAUCCCAGAGAAGCACACCCGGUGAACACCCGACCACCACCACCAUCACUACUACAACCACUUCAGCACACUUCUGCUCUAAUCCUAUGCACCUAAAUGUAGAACGCACGGUUUGUGUGAAGGGGGCACACUACUGCCAAGAGUGCUUUUUGAAGCCAAUAAAUGGUCUGGCAGCAGAGUCAGACAAGGUGUGGCCCAAUGUUCCUGUUCCCCAGACUGCUCCUAUUCCCAUCCCCAUCUGCAAUGGCUGUGGCACCUCCUCUGACGGCAUGAUGCUCAUGCCAUCGACCAGCCUUAGCAAGAUUGGCCAGAAGUAUGGUUCGCCAGAGAACAAUGGUCCUGAGAACAUCCCUCCAGUGGGUGUCUUCUGGGACAUUGAGAACUGCAGUGUUCCCAGUGGACGCUCUGCUGGAGCUGUGGUCCAGCGUAUUCGCAGCCGUUUCUUCCAGGGUCAUCGUGAGGCAGAGUUCAUUUGUGUCUGUGAUAUCAGCAAGGAGAGUAAAGCUGUCAUCCAAGAGCUCAACAACUGCCAGGUUACUGUUGCACAUAUCAACGCCACAGCCAAGAAUGCUGCGGAUGACAAACUUCGCCAAAGCCUACGACGCUUUGCUGAGACCCACACUGCACCUGCGACUGUUAUACUAGUAUCCUCGGAUGUGAAUUUUGCAAGUGAGUUGAGCGACCUGCGUCAUCGCCAUGGUUUCCAGGUAAUCCUGGUCCAUGGCAACCACACAUCUUCAGCCCUUCUGCAACACGCCAACCGCCACGUGGCCUUUCAGGAGAUCACAGCUAAUCUGCCACCACGAAUGCUUGUCAAAGCACAGCCCAGUUUCAACCUCCUUUAUGUGCACAACCUCCCUGUCAACUGUGACAAGAGCCUGCGGAACGCUGUGAAGCUCAGGCUCCGCCGCCUGUCUGACAACUGUGGUGGCAAAGUGCUGGGCAUGUCCCAGGGCACAGCAGUCCUGCGUUUUGGCAGCCCUGAGGCAGCUGCGCGUGCCCGCAAGCGAAUGGAAAAUGAGGAUGUGUUUGGCCGCCGAAUCAGCCUCUCCUUCUCCCCACGGCCCAGAGACGAUGCAAGUCCUGAGCCUGAGCUUCAGUCUCAGCCCCAUCACUUGCCUCAGGCUCUGCCCCAGCCCUAUCAAACCCAGGAUUCAAUGUUCGCCCCUCCCCCAUCUAUAUCCUCCUUCUCUUUUCUGCCCCUGGAGAAGCCCAGGUCACCCAGGAGGCCACGGCGAGCAACCCGCCCAUGCCACACCCCUGGCCCAGUGCCUGAAAGGCCCUACAGCCCCAGGAGGGGGUGCAGUGGGCCUCCCGGUGGUGCUCCAGCCAAGCCCCGUCAGGAGCUGGGUAGUUUGGAGGGCAAGUCCAGAAUGGGCUUCCACCAACUGGACAAAGGACGUGCUGCUUCCUCUUCCCCCCAUAGUAAUGGUGAGACAGGGGCCCUGGAGCAGCUGUCCAAACCUGUCCUUACUGGAGAAUCAAUGUACAGGAGAAGAAGAGAGGGCUCCAAUCCUCGCAGCGUGACUGAAUCACCUGUGGAACAAGGGGAGAGGAGCUCAGGGGAAUUCCAGAUUAGCACACCCUCAGCAUUCAGCAAACUGAACCUGCACAGGAGCUUCAGUCCUCUUGUCCUCUCCCAGGGCUCCUGGUCCUCCAGUAGGAGUGCGUCUCCCUGCCUGUCCAGCCGCUCCUCACCUCUGCUUGCUGCCCCUCGCAGUCCGUGUCCUGAAGGUCCACCUGAGCCAUUCUCAGAGGGGGCAGAGGUCCAGGUGGGUAACCUGGACUACAGAAUGUCCCGCAAGGAUCUGCAGCAGACACUGCAUGACACCUUUUCCAGAUAUGGACGGGUGAAAGCAGUGGAGCUUAGCCCCCACACUGACUAUCAGUUGAAGGCCACAGUUCAGAUGUUGUCCCUACAGCAGGCCAUCAGUGCCGUCAGUGGCCUGCACCGUUAUAAGAUCGGAGGCAAACGCAUUCAGGUGUCUCUGAUCACUGGUGGCUGCAGCAAAUCUCUUGCCAUGCUCAGCACAGAGAUCAUAAGCAUUCUUCAGGAUGCACCAGCCAACUGUCUUCCCCUAUUCAAGUUCACUGAGAUCUAUGAGAAAAAAUAUUCCCGUAAGCUAGUGGUUGGGGAUCUAUACAGGCUACCAGAGGUGGUGGCAGUGCGGGAACAGGGAGGCUCAAGGCUUGUAUGCCUUCUGCCCAGCAGCCAAAUCCGUCAGAGUCCACUGGGAUCCUCCCAGUCCCAGGAGGGCUCCUCAUCUGCCAGCGGCAGUCCCGUGGUUUUUGAAGAGCUUGAGUACCAUGAACCUGUCUGCAGACAACACUAUACACAGCAGGACUUCAGUGAGGCUGACUUUGACCCUGACUCCUAUAAAAUUCCAUUUGUUGUGAUGUCUCUGAGCACCUUAGCCUCUGAGGUCCACAGCCUGUUGCAGUCACAUGAGGGCACCCUUCCACUACUCAGUUUUCCAGACUGCUAUGCAGCAAAAUUCAGCCCACUGCAGCUAGGCAAUGAGACACUGGAAGGUGGUGUUCCCCUGGAGCACCUCAUUACCUGUGUCCCCAGUAUCACAAUAGUCACAGCUCAGAAUGGCUUCAAGGUCAUCAAGUGGAUCCACAACAAACCACCAGCACCAAACUCUGAGCUGUGGAUUCAGCGCUGCAAAAGUCCAGUGGGCAACCCUCAGCUCAUUCAGUUCAGCCGAGAGAUUAUUGACCUGUUGAAGAGUCAGCCUUCCUGCAUCAUGCCCAUCAGCAAAUUCAUACCCUCAUACCACCACCACUUUGCCAAGCAGUGCCGUGUCUCUGACUAUGGUUACUCCAAACUGCUGGAGCUGCUGGAGGCUGUGCCACAUGUUCUGCAGAUCUUGGGCAUGGGUACCAAGCGUUUACUGACCUUGACCCAUCGUGCUCAAGUGAAGCGCUUCACCCAAGACCUUCUCAAACUGCUCAAAUUUCAAGCCAGCAAACAAGUGGCAAUCAAGGACUUCAUGCAGGCAUACCACUGGUGCUUCUCCAGAGAUUGGAGGAUUAUCGACUAUGGGAUAUGUGACCUGAUGGACCUGCUGACUGAGAUCCCUGACACCACCAUUACUAUAACACACCAGGCUACAGACACCAUCAUCUCUGUUCCCAAAAGAGAGCGUACUGUGGAGGAAAUGGAGCGCACCAAGCAGUUUGCGAAGGAGGUGGUAGACCUGCUUCGUCACCAGCCUCACUGCCGAAUGCCCUUCAGCAAGUUCAUCCCCACCUAUCACCAUCACUUUGGUCGUCAGUGUAAGCUCAGCUACUACGGCUUCACCAAGCUCAUUGAACUCUUUGAGGCAAUCCCUGACGUACUGAUGGUGUUGGAGUGUGGUGAGGAGAAAGUGUUGACUCUGACAGAGGUAGAGCGUAUCAAGGCCUUGGCAGCUCAGCUGGUCAAGCUGCUGCGGGCUCAGAAAAACUCCAGCCUUCCUGUCAGCCAGCUGCUCACAGAAUACAGCAAGACCUUUGGUUAUGGUCUACGCCUGCAGGACUACGACGCCAGCUCCCUGCCAGCUCUGCUGACCAAACUCUGCCAUGUUGUCAAGGUGGUGGAUGGCUCAGAGGGUCGGGAGUUGCAAUUGAUCAACAGGAAGUCUCUACGGUCGCUGACAUCCCAACUACUGGCUCUGCUCAUGUCCCAAGAAGAGGAGCAGGUCACCAGGGGUCUGAAGGUGGAAGAGCUGAGCCAGCAUUACCUGACUGUCCACGGAGCCCCACUCAACCCAUGUGAAUAUGGGUUCCUCUCCCUCAGCGAGUUACUCAAGAGUCUGCCCUACCUUGUGGAGCUGUAUUAUGAGGAAGUUGAUGAAAACUGUAAAGUUGGCAACACUGCCACUGGUCAUGGUGAGGAGUGGGUGAGGCUGACCAGACUUUACCAGUUUGCCCGCAACAUACGUGCCCUGCUUCACACCUACCAUUACAACCAGAUCUUCCUGACUGAGUUCCAGGGAGCUUACACCAAAUUUACAGGCUGCAGCCUUGAACCACGCUCCUAUGGAUACGCUAGCACUGAUGAGCUGCUCAGCGCCAUUCCACAGGUGGUGUGGAUCAAAGGGCACGGCCAUAAGAGGAUUAUCGUUUUAAAGAACGAUAUGAAAGCAAGGACAAGCUCCUCAGUCCCCAGCAGUCCUCAGCCAGGAGACAACACAGAAAGCCCAAGAGACAGUCCCAUUAGCAACGCAACUUCUGGAGCCCAGAGUCCAGGUGGUGAUUUAGCUGCAGAAUCAGAGCUGCUGUGUCUGACCUCCCCAGUGGACCUGCUGUGUGGUCCCGUUCCUUCCUGCUUACCGUCACCUCAGCUUCACCCAGACCCCGUUCUCCUCCAGCAGGCUGACCUGAUUCACUUCGAGGAGAAAAGUCCACCACCAACAGAGAGUGAUGAACCUGAAGUGGCAGCUGCAGCAGUCACCGGCAGCACAUCUGAUCCACCUGGGCAGCCCGGCAGCACAGAAGACUCUGCACUCACCAAACCUCCAACAGCCCCCAACACAAAGACCCCCUUAUCCAUGGAUAGUCCCAGCAGAAGAGCCACACGCAGCAAAUACAAGCUAGCUGCCAACUUCUCCUUCACUGCAGGCCUGUGAUCCUCUCGCACACACACACACACACGUCCAGUCUCAUACACUCAAAGCAAUACUAGCUCACAUACAGUGUAACUCUCAAUAGAAGAGUUGAGUGGCUACACUAAACGCACUACACAGAAAUGACCCCAGAAGAGCAUUGGUAUUAUCCCCUCACAUCCAGACAGGCUGUUGCAUCCUUCUGCUUUCGUCUUUAUCACUUGUCCACCAUCUUUGUCCUCUUUGUUUGGUUAUCUCACAAUCAGUGUGUUCUCCCAGUGAUGCUCACCAAGCUGUGAUUUUUCUUGCAGAUUUUCUGCAAUUAUUUAAUUUGCCAAAUUCAUCUACUGUGACUGUUUGAUUUCAUCCCAAGGGAAGUUAAUUUAUAAUUCCACGAAUGUGCAUCUUCAGUUUAGAAGCCAUGCCAUGUCGAAACACUCGCUGUCUUGCAGCCAAUGAAUGAAGCUGAGUUAGUUGUCACUGUUUAAAGUAUUAGUUAACAAUGGGAGAAAUGCUGUAUAGAAUCCAAGGAAUUUAGUUUCCCACAUUCUCAGUUUAAAAGAUUGACAAAUAACUGAAGGUUUGUAGAGAUGUUUUGUUCAUGAACCAUAGUGAGAAACCUUCAUAAUUACUUCCUCACUGUACCCCCCAAAAAACAGAAAAUUUCAUUUAUGACAUUCACUCAUUUUUGAACUGAUUUCAAAUUUUGGAGAUUUUACUUUGUAGGUAACCCCAGACAUGUCAACCAAACUGUCUGUCUCUGACAAUUUCUAAAGAGGCAACAUCAAAGUGUCUUUGAGGUAUAUUCUCAUCUUUUGUAUCUAAUGGACAGUAUUUUCAGUUCUUUUUACAUUAUGCAGAGUAUUUAGUAGUCUGUGGAAGAGUUUGGCCUAAAUGUGGUGUAUUUGAUGGCAAUUCAAUGAUGGAACUGAAGACAAAACCAGUGUUAACUGUUCAGAUAGGGUCCAUUUUAAUGGAAGCUAACAAUCUUUGAAUGGUUAAAGUUUGGAUCUAAAGGUUUUGAUUGAUAUUGCAGCAAGCACUGCUCUCAGGAAUUUUCAUUCCUGUAGUAUUUUGACUUAAUUUACAGCAAAGAUUUUGGCUCAUCUCUCCGAGGCCACUAAUGCCGGCCUGAAAGAGAGAAGGUGGCUCUGAAAUACUCCAGCCAGGUGUGUGCUUAGGCAGCAGGAACUGACAUAUACCGUGAUUGUUUGUCUUUAGCCAGCAGCCAGUGUGUUUGUGUUCUCUUAGCUAUAUUUUGUCGGUCUAUAUGUGGUUUACACUCGAGUAGGUGAUGUGAAAUGUGCAUGGUGUGCAUAAAUGAGUUUAUGCAUUGUGUAAGCCCAGGAGGAGCAGACGGUAACCAGUAAUGACAUUCUUUAAGAUCAGUCUUUUAUUUCCACCAUGUUUUAAGGAUCUUAGAGUUGGCGUCACCCUUUCAGUUGCCACAGAAAUGCUCAAGGUUUUUUGAGUCAACCUUGUUGCCAGCAGGCGCUGUACCAGUGGUGGUGUCCACACCGUCUGAGUUGAUGAGUUUGAGGAGAGCAGUGAGCGCUCCUGAGUUUUUGAUUUUUAAUGACAAGGUGAAUGGUUGUAAGUUUUUAGGGAAAAGAGAUGGGGCAGGAGGCGAUAGGCUGUUUGUGGAGCAGCAUGGGGCGGGCUCUGAGGAGCCUCCUAAACAGACUGUGACAUAUACACAGAGGACCCUCUGCGGCUCUCUGGAAUCUGCCGGGCUUUUACAAUGGCUUGUAUCUGCCGCGGUGCCAAAGGAAUCGCCAUCGUACCUCCCCAUCCCUCACAUCCCACUUAAGAGUUUUUACUUACUGAUGUGUGUUGGGUUUUCUCCAUUUUCCUCUGUCUGUGUUUACAAGACAGCUGGCUGCUGAAUUGCCACCAACUAAUGUCAGCUGUCUGCAAAGUUUAGCACGACCCAGGUGCCGCUGUUCAAAGAAUGGGCAAGAGCCCAUUUAAUUAAACAGUUUCUGUGCAGUUUCAGUGUUUAGCAGUGCUAUACCACGAGUUUCCCUUGUCAGACUUGAUUUUGACUUGGUGUGCAAAGCUUUUAAUGCUGAGAGAUUACACCUGCCAACUCUCCGACAUGUCUGAAACACCAAUCAAAAUGUUUUUAAUUAGGGCUGUUAUGAUUUGUCUCUCCUCAGAUGUUUUACUGACUGUCUGAAAACCUGUUAGAUGAAGGAAUGAGCACUUCAGAAUAAUACAUAAUUUAGAAUUGCUAAUGAUGGAAAAUGGAUUAGAUUUACUUUUUGUGUAUCUGAGCAAUCCGUAGCACUCCUCAGAGUACAGCAGUGGCAACUAACUCAGAUGUAUAUUUUAACUUCCCUGUGUAAGCCUUCUCUUGUCGUUUGGUUACAUCAGUGAGAAGCUAUUGUUCCUGUCAAAAUAUGCACUUCUGCAUAGUUUUGGUUCAUGAAAUACAUGUGAAGUAAUUAAACGUUUUGGGAGGAUUUGAAAAAGUAUUUGUCAUAGUGUCUUUGUUUAUUUGUUGGAUAUAGCUCUACGUCACUUUGUCUUGCUUAAUCAGUUUUUACGUUGCAUGACAGUUCUGCAGUCCUGCAAUCUACCAUUCAAGAAUAAUUUCAUGGAACCUCCUUUAGUCAUCACUGCAGUGUCCUUAAAACUCCUGCCUUGUGAUUAUUUUUUUGUUUACCUGUUCAACAGUCGUCUCACUGAUGUGUCCUUUCUACAUGUUACCCACCCCACCACCACCCCCAUCACUCCCUGUCACCAGAAGUCGCUGUAACAGUCUAACAUUGUUGAAGGGACCAAAAAGAUUUCCGUUAAUAAAUUUCACAAGCAUCA